UGGAUCCUUUGGGUUAAUUUUUUUUCUUGUUUUAUAUGUGCAGUUCUGUACCUUGUGUGGGCCUAUGUACCAGAAUCCUGGCUCUUUUCAUUGGGAUUAACCUACUGGCCUCAAAAGUACUGGGCUGUGGCUUUGCCUGUGUAUCUUUUAGUUAGUAUAGGAAUUGGCUAUAUACUUCUCUUCGGUCUUAACAUGAUCAGUACUGCUCCGCUGAAUUCCAUACAUACCAUUACAGACCACUAUGCAAAAAAUCAGAAGCAGAAGCAACCACAAGAAGAGGCUAUCCCUGCAUUAAGGGAUAUCCCUAUCAGUGAAGUAAACAAGAUGUUUUUUCUGUCUGGCACAGAAGAUUGUCCUAGAAGCUGAUGGAAGAAAAUGCCUUUUGUUCAAGUGCUUGCAUUUGGAAAAGAAUUCUCAGUUUCGUAAUUGAAAACAGAUAAUGCAGUGACAAAAUGGUUGGUUUUAAAGUAACUGGAGUAAAAGGUUGGUAAAAGUAACUCUGGAGUAAAGUUGCAAUGUUUGCAGUACAUCUUUCAGAGGAUUGCUAUCACCUGUCAUUGCUCCCCAUCACACAAAGAAGUACAGCUCAUCACUUGUCCAUACUGGAACUUGAGAGAUCCAGAUGCAUGUCUUCAAUAAGAGAAAUAAAAAAUUGUUUGCAUCCAAUGAGACCAAAUGUAAAAGAGAUAAAGUCUCAUUAUGUAUUUUAAUAUGGGUUUUAUUCCAAAAACAGUUCCAUCCAUUUUGAUCCAUUUUGUCCAGAAAAUAUUUCAGUGGCUUUUGAACGGCAACUGGUUUUUUACAGACGGGUAUGAUUUGCCUGUUAAGACACGAAUUAAGAAGUCCCUGUUUAAAAUAGAAAUUAAUUUAACAGUGAAAGUUGAAACUCGAGCCACUUAGGGCUGUAAUGAAGAUCUGGAGCUGUUUUAGACGUCAGAUUUUCCUGCAUUGUCUGUAUUCUGUUGCUAAAUUGCUGUGAUUAAGGUGGCCUUGAUACACGUGUUAUGUAAUUCUGAACGUGAAUUUUAGAAGGAUGGGUAGCUGCCAGGAGGUUAAAUGAUGUUCUCUGUAAUAUACUCCUCACACUUGUAUAGCAAUGCAUUGCUAAGACUAGACUGACAGCCAGGUACGAUCCUGAGCCCUUUGGCAGUGCACAACAAAGUGGAUUAAAAUUUCAAAAAGCAAGGUUAGAAAAAGGUUUCUUCUGCAAGUUUCAAAUUAGUUCAAGGUCCCUUUGCAGGCUGAAGCUCAAGUAAGGUAAGUCAUAUUGGGGGCUGUGGAUACACAUUAAUUUAUUAUGUAGUUCCUAUUUCUUUAUACAGGAUUUCAACUUAAUUCAAAUAAUUCUCUUUGCCUAUCAGGAAUACUGUAAUGUAUUUAUUGGUGAUGGAAAUCUAUGUGCCUUUGGGCUUCUGUAAAUAUUGCCAAUUGGGGGUCUAUUUCACCUGAACAGAAUUGCAGUCUUUGUUUUGAAAAUAUAUUUCAAGGAUUAAUCAGAUUGAGAUAUUAAAUAAAAAAUUUCCUGGGUUUAAAAGGUCAAA